AUGAAGUGGAAUUAUAUUUUUGCUUCAUGUUUUAUCGCAGCUCUGCUGCUAGAUCAGACUUCCGCGGAUCGAUGGAGUUCUAGAUCUAGAACAGGAACAUCAUCAAGAUCUCCAAGUCCUCCAGGAUCUCCAAGCAGACAUCGUCCCUCAAGUACUGAAGUCACGCAUUACGACCCUGCUCACUCUCACUUUUCAAGUCCACCAUCACCACCACCAGAGUCAUCACCAUCAUCAGCUGGAUCUUCGAGACGAUCAUCUCAUGUUCCGCUUUCUCAAUCAUCAUCAACAUCAUCCGGUUACUUUUCAUCAAAUUCCUCACACUCACCCCAUCCACCCGGAAUUUCGUCACCUUCUCCAGCUUCAAUGAAUCCAUUCCAAAAGAUGCAGUCUGCCAGUCGCAGACAAAAUUCCCCUCCCAGACCAUCUUCUCAUCCUGACCCCAAGUCCCAGUCUCUCCCCCGCGGGAUUAAACCGUCCACUGGACCAACUCCCCCCUCUCCGCAUCAAACCACAGCCGAUAAUCAGAACAAAACUGAACCAUAUGGACUCCCUUCUAGGCCACGUUCCGCCAAAAAACGAGAUCCGUCCCGUUCCUUGAAUGCUGUCAAGGCGCUAGAAUUUGAGGCCGCUCUCGUCAAAUCUUUUGCUGCGACCCACAAAGAAGUCAUUUCCAAAGACAAAAAUAUCAAGGGCUCGGAAAAAAAACAGAAACAACUUGUUCUUAAAAAAGUUAACCAGAAGGUGCUCGACAACGAGAAUAAAAAAAAAAAAGCCGAAGAGGAAACGCCAAUUGAGCGCAGAACUCUGGACGAUUAUUCGUUAGUGAGGGAUAAAAAUAAAAAAUGUGGGCAUCAGGGAUCGACGACUGAAAGUUGCUUCGAUUUUUAUGCAUUUUCUAUGUUUUGGUCACCUACGAUGAUUCGUUCAACACACGCAAGAAGAGCAACACCUGUGCCGAGAGAAGAUAAAUGGACAAUCCAUGGAUUAUGGCCAAACAAAAAAGGUUUGGCGACAGCUCCGCCCAAAGAGUGUGAUGUCAAGAUGCGUUUUAAUGCUAGCAAAUUGAGUGGGAUAAGACACGUGUUAGAUAACAACUGGUUCGCGGCAUCAUCAGACAAUGAACAUUUCUGGCACCAUGAAUGGGACAAACAUGGCAAGUGUGCAGCACGUUCGAUAUUUAUUAACGACAUUGAGGGUUACUUCAGAAAGGGAAUUAGUUUGGGGAAUACACAUAGAUUUGGUGAUAUUUUGGAGGCAGCAGGUUUUCGUCCUGGAUCUACAAUGACUUUACAACGGAUAUAUGAUACUAUUGCUCAUCAUUAUGGCACGCCAGAAAUUACAACUUGGAAAGACGUAGCAACUGACUUAACAUAUUUGAGAGAAAUAAGAGUAUGUUUAAACCAUCGGUUUCAUCAAAUGAAUUGUCCAGUGACGCCUCCACAUCCCGACGUUAUGGCUCAAGAAAUUACUUAUUUGUCAAUUGCUUCAGUCCCUUAAUUAUCAAUAAAUAAAACUUUUUAACUGAGACUGCAGUCAUCUGCUAUUUCAAUUAAUUUUUUUAUGAUUAUUUUAUAACAAAAAAUAUAUUAUUCUCUUUAUAAAAGUAUGAAACAAGAAUAUAGCAUCAA